AUGAAGCCCAGUCAGAAGAUGUGCCAGUUAGGAGAGGGGCUGUGGUGUCCUCAUCACCAAACCCAGACCCAGGGUGACGGAGCGGCAGUGAUACGAUCAUGGGAAGACAAUCCUAGCAGUGACAUUGAUGCAGAGAAAAAGCCGUUCACAGUGAAAGUUGAGGUGGACCUCAUGCAGGUUCUUCUGACUGUCCUGUCACUGAUCUCCAGAACCUGGCGGCUGGGAGUCCCCCGUGCUGUUGUAUUUGAUGAGCUUCAUUUUGCCAAGUUUGUUUCCUUGUAUUUGAAGAAUAUCUUCUUCUUUGAUGUGCACCCACCGCUGGGCAAACAGUUGCUGGCUCUCGCAGGCAGGUAUGCUGGUUUUGAAGGUGAUAUUAACUUUGAAAGAAUCGGGGCAGAUUUCCCACCAUCCGUACCUGUGGAAAUGCUGCGUGCGUUCCCUGCAGUCUUGGGCAGUCUAAUUGUGCCGAUGGUGUAUCAGAUCUGUGUCGAGGCUGGACUGAGUAGAUACGCUGCUGCCAUCGCUGGCCUCCUUGUUGUCUUCGACAAUGCAUUGCUGGUGCAGUCCAGGUUUAUGUUGAUGGAAGGCAUGUUGGUGUUCUUCUCCACGUUGUCUGUCCUUGCCUACCUCAAGUUCCGCAACUGCAGCAGAGAAUUUAGCUUGAUGUGGUGGUUCUGGUUAGUCCUGUGUGGAUUAGCAGGCACAUGUACAUUGAGCAUCAAGUAUGUGGGUGUGUUCACGAUGCUGCUGGUUCUCAGCCGAAUUGCACGAGAUUACUGGUUCAUGCUGGAUGAUACCUCCAAGUCAGAUGUGACCUUGGUGAAGCACCUGUUUGCUCGGUUCAUUGCCAUGGUAACCAUACCUGUCCUGGCCUACCUGUUCAUUUUCUACAUCCACCUGAGGAUCUUAAACAAGGCCGGGCCGCAUGAUAAUGUGAUGACCAGUGCUUUCCAGGCCAGUCUGGAGGGAGGACUAGCUACAUUGACCAAAGGUCAGCCCUUGAAUGUGGCGUAUGGCUCACAGAUCACCCUGCGACACGUGGAGAAUGUUGGGAUAGGCCAGCCCUGCUGGUUACACUCUCACGCACACAUGUACCCGAUCAAGUACCUGGACAAGCGGGGCAGCUCACACCAGCAACAGGUGACCUGCUACAUCUUCAAGGACAUCAAUAACUGGUGGAUCAUCAAACGGCCUGACCGGCAAGAACUUAUGGUUGAAAAUCCUCCAGUCCUUGUCAAGCAUGGGGAUAUCAUACAGCUUGUACAUGGUGUUACUAGCAGAGCUCUCAACACACAUGAUGUAGCUGCCCCGAUGACACCCAGCAACCAAGAAGUGUCUUGUUACAUCAAUUACAACGUAUCCAUGCCAGCACAGAACUUGUGGAGAGUUGAAAUUGUUAACAGAGAGAGUGAUAAUGACAACUGGCAGACGAUAAAAAGUCAAGUGCGGCUUAUCCACGUGAAUACAUCCACAGCACUCAAGACAACAGGAAAGCAGUUACCUGAGUGGGGCUUCCACCAGUUGGAGGUGGCAGCAGACAGGCAGAUCAACCAGAAGUCUGCAGUCUGGAAUGUGGAGGAGCACCGAUACACUAGAAGUUCCGAGAAAGAGAGCCAGGCAGCAGAUCUCCAACAAGCAGAACUCAUCCCUCUGAAGCCGACCUACCUGUCAUUCUGGGCCAAGUUUUCCGAGCUGCAGAUGAAGAUGCUGACAAGUAAUCUCGAUGCAAAGCUUGAACACAAAUAUAGCUCCGGCCCAAAAGACUGGCCAUUGAUGAAGAGAAAUAUUGCCUACUGGAUGAGCCCAACAGACAAUUCUCAGAUUCACCUGCUAGGAAACAUCGUAGUCUGGUACGCAUCAACUGCAGCAGUCGUGACCUACUUAUGUCUGGGUGUUUUCUACAUGCUGCGCAGACAGCGUGCCAUCUAUGACAUUUCAGAAGCUAUGUGGCACCAGUUUCUGUUCCUGGGUGAGCUGCUGGUCGGCGGCUAUCUGAUCCAUUACCUGCCAUAUUUCCUGGAGGAGCGAACCCUGUUCCUUCAUCACUACCUGCCUUCUGUGGUUUACAAGAUUCUGACAUUGGUAGCCCUUGGUGACCAUCUGUAUUCAGUCAUUCCAAAAACAACCAUAUGGCCCUCCCUCAUCAAGUACGGGUCUGUGGUUCUUGUCGCCGCCACGCUGCACGUAUUUAUCUGCCUGUCUGUGUUUACAUACGGCAGUGAGUCUCUGAGCCCUCAUCAGAUCCGUUCAUUGACCUGGGUCAGCUCCUGGGAUUUCCUCUCUCACUGA